GCUCCUCACGCACUUGCGCUGCCCGGACGCGCACGGAACCGCGGGCGGAGGGGAGUCCCGGUUCAGCUGUGAACCGAACACCAACCGCGGAGGAUGGAGGAACUGCGCGGCGGCGAGGCGCAGAAAACUUCUUCCUAAAUGGUUAUCGGGAGCGCGAGGUGGUGGUGGGGGUGCAGUCAGUCAGGUCAUGGGUGGUACUGGCUCUGAAGUCCACGCGCCGGCUCUGUGCGUCGGAACCGCUCCGCUCCACGGUGUGAUCCGGAUUAAAGCUGCCUGACUGAUCCAGGAAGCAGCAUGUCCUGCGCGCAGACCGUCACCAGAAAGUCCGUUCUUUGGCGGGUUCUGACCUUGGUCCUGCUGCUGGUCGCUCCAAGCUGCAUCUCCACCCUGCAGAACGUGUCUCUGGUGGCUUCGUGGCAUCUGUCUGCAGAGACGUUGUUGGGUCGUCCUCUGCGCGCACGACGGCAGCUCCACCUCAGAAACGAGUGGUUGCCGUGGAGCGGCUGGUCUGUGUGCUCUCGCACCUGCGGGGGAGGAGCCUCCGUGCGAACACGCACCUGCAUAACCAGGAAUUUGGUGGGAAGACCGUGUGCAGGAGAGCCCAGACAAUACAAGAUCUGCAACACCAAGGAAUGUCCUCCUGGAUCCCAGGACUUCAGGGAGAUGCAGUGUGCUGUCUUCAACCAAAGACCAUUGGUGGCAGGAAACUCCUUCAAAUGGACUACUUUUCAUGGAGGCUCAAACCCCUGCGAGCUCAGCUGCAUGGCUCUGGGACACAACUUCUACUACAACUUUGGCCAUGUGCUUGAUGGCACGCCAUGCAGCGAUGAGGGGGGCGUCAUGUGUGUGAGCGGACGCUGUCUGAAGCCGGGCUGCGACUCCAUCCUGGGUUCAGGUCAGGAGGAUGAUGCCUGCAUGGUGUGUGGGGGCCACAACAGCACCUGCCUGCAGCACCGCAGCAUUUACAAAAGCAACAGGCUGGAGGCCGGUGGCCCGUUCGGGUACAACCAGGUGGCCAUGAUUCCAGCUGGAGCCACGCACAUCCGGGUCACAGACAACAGCAGGGACUACCUGGCUCUACAGAACAAACACUCCCAGUUUGUGAUCAAUGGGAACUGGAAGAUCAGUGUUCCUGGUGAGUACAGCAUAGCGGGAACCAAGCUGCUCUACAAGCGCUCAGCAGACACCUGGGAGAGUUUUGAGGUUCCAGGACCCACCCAGGAGGACCUGCACCUGAUGGUUCUUGCCAUGGACAGAAAUUCAGGGAUUGAGUAUGAGUACUGGCUUCCACCAGACCUCUAUGCCCUUUUCCAUGGGGGGAAGAGCUCGUUACGCCAGGCUCUCCACACUACCAGCUUCUUUCAAAGGAGUCCGUCUUCCACUACACCCAGUGCUUCUGCCACCAGCAGGCCUCUUCUGAGCACAGGCCGACCUCACCCGAUUUUAAAGAACGUGAAGCGCCCCCACAGCCGCCCCCACCAGCCCAUCGCUCGACUGGAGCGAGAGGAGAGCAUCAGGAGCGUUCCUUUGCUGCCGUCACCUGGAAGACGCUGUGGAAAGUGUUUGCGAGUCAGAGGUCGGCGGGAGCGCCGCAGGCAGUACUGCCAGAAGGACUUUGUGUUUCGCGGAAAAGUUCUUGAGAAGGUGCAAAGCGGAAAGGAGACGCGCUAUGACGUCCAGAUCAUCCACACCUACAGGAACCGCUUCCGCCUGGAGCACCGGGAGUUUCUCUGGGUCCCAAAUGUGUGUGACUGCCCCCACCUGGAGGGUGGGAGGCAGUACGUCUUCAUGGCACGGCGCCACAUUAACUAUGAGCGCACGCUAAAUCGCAUCCUGCUGGAGGAGGACAGUUAUGUGGUGCCGUACCGACCCAGGGAGGAUGAGCUCUUGUGGACCCUGGAGGGGCUGUGCAGCAGCAGAGGACCCCUGCAGCUUUGAGGGGAGUGGGGGGCAUGCAACUAGCAGAAAGGGGAUGGACCUUCAUGCCACAAGGUGCUGGAGUUUGAGGUUUUUGAGGACAUAAAACUGCUGAAUACUCAAAAGUCUGACCAAGAACCAGCAGAGACGGAAGAAAAAGAGUUUAGUUUUCAAAAAAAACUUAUAGUGGAUGCUCAGGUUCACCUGAAAAACAAGAACAUGCAUCCUGUUCCUCCACUGUUUUUGUUGUUGUGUGUGUAUUUGUAUUGUAUCACUGUGUGGCCAAGAAAUAAAACCAAAAUGUUCUGAA